CGCCUCACGGGUCUCUGACGACCCGGAUGGGAUAUGUGUAAAACUUUAUUUCCCAUAAUUCCUUUCUCCGCCUUCCUCUUUCCCCGACGCAGCGAUGUCCAAGAGAGGACGUGGUGGUUCAUCUGGUGCAAAGUUCCGUAUCUCACUGGGUCUCCCAGUGGGAGCGGUCAUCAACUGUGCAGACAACACAGGUGCCAAGAACUUGUACAUAAUCUCUGUAAAGGGCAUCAAGGGGCGUCUGAACCGUCUGCCAGCUGCAGGAGUGGGUGACAUGGUCAUGGCCACAGUCAAAAAAGGCAAACCAGAGCUCAGGAAGAAGGUGCAUCCUGCGGUGGUGAUUCGUCAACGGAAGUCGUAUCGGCGAAAAGAUGGUGUGUUCCUGUACUUUGAAGACAACGCUGGUGUUAUCGUCAACAACAAAGGAGAGAUGAAAGGUUCAGCCAUCACCGGGCCAGUGGCCAAAGAGUGCGCUGACCUGUGGCCCAGGAUCGCCUCCAAUGCUGGCAGCAUUGCCUGAGCAGGACCUUUGUUUUCAAUAAAAACUGUUAAAUAA